AGAAUAUCCCAAAACAUAUCCAUGUGCCAUGACCGUGUAUCAAUGGGCGUCUACACACUGAUUUUUCUAACACCACUCAAAAUUCUUCUCUCUCUCUCUCUCUCUCCUCUGUGUGUGUGUAUAUAUAGAUAUCCACCUUCCCUCUUCAUUUGCAUAGUGGCCAUAAAGAAAUAUACUGAGAAAAGAGAGAGGGUUCAAAGCAUGGCAGCAGUGGUUGAUGUGUGGAUGGGUGGGCUAGCCAAGCUGACAGAGAAGGUCCAGGCUAGAAAGCCAUUGUUCUUCAGAGCAAAAAGAAGAGAAGCUAUUGGUGAACAAGAAGAGAACAAAGGUACCAAAGAAGAAUCUUCUUCUUCUUCUUCUUCUGUCAUGCAAAAAUCAGUAGCAGCAGAGAAGAAAGAGAAUUCAAUGUCAGAAGCAACAGUAUUUUUGCUCAUGGACCGGUUUGCACCAUGCUGAUCAUCAAGAAAUCACAAAGAAAGAUUGCAAGAGCUUAUGUUUAUGUUGGUUGUGUGAAUACUUUUUAGAUUCAAAUGCUUAAAGCUUUGUCUCAAUUUUUUUUUUUAUCGGCUACAUGAAUUUUGUUUCGUUAUUAGGAGUCUUGUUUGAUCAUUAUGAUCUGUCAAACAUCAUACUUUAUAUUAGAAGACGACGACUAUGAUAUAUAUUUUUUUGGUUCAGAAGUUAAUUUUGAUCUUCUUCUAUUCCCCAUUUUACCGUUGAUAAGAAUUAUAUAAUUAGAUUGACAUAUAUUCUCACCCAAUUUCUUUGUUUAUUGCAAGGU